AUGCUGUUCAUGAGGACCUACAUAUUCUGUGCAUCAGUGCGCUUGGGCGUUAUCCUUAUCAGCAUUUUCGCAUUGGUUUAUCCAGAAAUAUCAACAUUUUUCCUGCAGCUUUAUAGCAUUGGCCAUGGAAUUGCAUGUGUUGUUGCUGGAUAUGGUGCAUAUAAUCUGAAACGUUAUUUUGUUCUGCCUUUGGCUUUCUUUGAAUUUGUUUUUAUCGUGGAAAUCAUUGUAAUUGCUGUCUUAUUCCUUCGAAUUAUUAGACAUUUCGUUAGUCUGGAAAAGCUAAUAGUUUUAACUGUGACGGCAGCUGCUUACGCAAGUGCGUAUUCCAUCUAUCUCUCUCUUUCUCCCUGUCUGUAUCUUCUACUCUCUUUCUAUCUCUCUCGCUAUAUCUCAUUCCCUCACUCGGUAGCUCCCACACUACCUCACUCUAUCUCUCUCUAUCCAUCUAUCUAUCUCUUUCUCCCUGUCUCUUUCGUUGUCUAUGACUUCUUCGCUUUGCUCGCCUUUGAGCAAAUUAUGAGAAUUGUAAGAAGUAAACAAUAUCAACAGCUUUAUGGCUCGGAUCCAUUGAAUCCUGUUAUUAAUGCAACUACAGUGAAAUAUCCCAAUGCCAAUAAUUCUAUAUCAACAGCGGACAAAUCGCCAUCUAGUGCUUAUUAA